AAUCGAAGGAUUAACUGGCGAUAUAAAUAUUUAUAAGCGCCGUGGUGAAAAUGAACCCGAAAGUGGAUUCUACCAAGCUCAUCCUAAAAAGAUAUAUUUCGUUUUCGAUUUAAGUGCCAGUAUGUAUCGAUUCAAUUCUCACGAUCGUCGAUUGGACCGUUCCAUGGAGGUUGCUCUUAUGAUUAUGGAGUCAUUUAAAUCUUUUGAACAUAAAUUCCAAUACCAAAUUUUUGGACAUAGCGGAGAUUCACCUAAUGUUGAAUUCGUAAAAAAAGGGAAAUAUCCGCAUACCGAAAAGGAGACAUUUAAAGUGAUGAAUAGAAUGCAUACACAUUCGCAGUUUUGUCUUAGUGGAG